CAUCAUUCAUGGUAUAAUUAUCUGAUUGUUUUGAAGAAACCAUAUGAAUGGGAGAUCUUGUUCGGAGAGGGUGAUGCUGAAAUCCCGUCAAAGAGAUAAAUGGAAAAGAAAGAGAGAGAAGCUAUAAAUGAAAAGAGAGAGAGAGAGAAAGUGCAGUAUUAGGAUUUUGGUUUUGAAUAGAAGGUGGUGCAGUGUGAGGUUGGUGAUUGUGGGGGGACUGAAUCAAAUCCACAGAUACCCCGAAAAGGAUCACGAUAUAUCUGUGACUCCUUGAUUCUCUUUCUCUCAAUCUCUCUCUUCUCUCUGUUCUAAAAUUCCUCGCCCACCAACCACCUUCCAAAUUCAUAUUGCAUUUACUCUCCACUCUACGUAUAUAUAUACUACCUUCAUACAUCUCUUGUGACUUGUGACUUUCCUCUCUUCAUUUAUGCAUAGGUCUUGUCACACAAUAAUAAUAAUAAUAAUAAUCCCUUUUUAAUAGUCUAGUUCUUUGUGUGUAAUAACAACACCACACCACAUACAAGCAUGGCUUCUACUGGUUCAUCUUCUUCCUCAUGGUCUUCUUCAAAUUGGGUCAUGGAAAAUGCUGCUGCCCCACAUGUUCUUGCUGUUGAUGAUAACCUCAUUGAUCGCAAGCUCGUUGAGAAGCUCCUUAGGAACUCUUCUUGCAAAGUUACAACUGCAGAAAAUGGGCCAAGGGCAUUGGAGUUCUUGGGCUUGACCGAUAGUGAGCAGAACGCCAUGAAUGGAAGGUCCAAAGUUAAUUUGGUUAUCACAGACUAUUGCAUGCCAGGGAUGACAGGCUAUGAGCUACUUAAGAAAAUCAAGGAAUCAUCUAGCAUGAAGGAGGUUCCGGUAGUGAUCAUGUCAUCGGAGAACAUACCAACACGGAUUAACCAGUGUUUGGAAGAAGGAGCUCAAAUGUUCAUGUUAAAGCCCCUCAAACAAUCUGAUGUGAAAAAACUGACAUGUCAGUUAAUGAAUUAGGUAAAAUUGUAGUUUUUUCAAAGAUAAUAUAAGCAAAUGUACUAAAACGGGAAAAAUCUAUGGCUAUGAUGCUAAAAUCCCUCGCAUUAGGAGUUAGGACUUAGGACUUAACUAGAAUUUUGUUGCUGUCUAAUUAGGUUAGCUAAGGUGUAGGAAUGAUUAUCAUUGUUUUGAAGAUCCUGUGUAGUCUCUUGUAUUAACCUACUUAUAUAUAACAAUUUGUUUGCCUGAGAA